AUUGGAUGCGCCAUUUUGUCCAUUUACACUGCAGUCCAUGGGCAAGAUUUUCCACCAAAAAUAGUUAAAACAAAUAUCACUUUUAGUAUGCAUUAUACUUGUUGAGACUCGUGGUAUUACUGAUUUUGGAAUUUAGUCUUUUAUUGGUACCGUUGGCGCAAUUAUUAAUGUUGUGCAUGUCGGGACUUUGUCAGGCGAAUUUUCAAGAUGGCGGAUGAUCCGACGACGACGCCGACAUCAGUCAAUGUGGGAGAUGGGAACGAAAAUCGUACUUUAGGUGGCGUUAUAGAAGGAAACGGAGAGGCGUGCACAACCCAAAAGGAUUUGUCCGUGGUGGGGCCCAUUUCUGCAGCUGACAGCAGGCCUGGAUCGAGUACAGAUGGCCAUGCUGUGAGUAAAAUAAAUGGAGGUGGUGAUUCAAUGAACUUGAAGCAGAUUAUUAAUAAGGAAGAUACAGAGCAUACCGGUUUAGAAGAAGUGACACCUGUGAAUAUUGUUGAGAAGGAAACCAAACAAGAAUGUGCUAAUGAUGAAAUGAGCAGCAAUGAACAUGUGAAGCCUAAUGAAAAUGUUGACAAAGGAGAUGCAAGUGAGAAAGUAUUGGGUGACAGUGAAGCAGAGAUUCAGUCUUUGAAUGAGGACAGUAAUACAGAAACCAAAAUUGUAACGCCGGAAAAUAAAAUGAAGCAAAAUGUUGAUGAAGUGAUGGAGGUAGAUGAAGUUCUAUCAGUUAAGGCUAUGGAUACUGAGGAUGUUGCCAUGGAAAGUGAUGUUGAAAGUCAGAAAUACAGUGAAUGUGAGAACAUGGAUGUUACAGAAGGAGAGAUGACAAAUGUGAACUUAGGGAUUGUUGAGGGUAAUGAAAAAGUCGGUGAUAAUGCAAAAAAUGAAACCAGCGCAGGUGAAUGUCUAAAUGACCAGCAGCAAUUAGUGGCAGGUAAUAACCUAGUGGUGUCUGAACAUCAACAGUUGACUGAAAAUAUCCACUCGCCAUCAGACAAUAGGAUAAAAAAUGAAAAAAUCUUAGCAGAUAACCAAAUAAAAGAUAACCAGUCAGAAGUUGAAGAAGCAGUCUCUGUAGAUGACCUUUCAGAACAGAAAAAUGUCCAAACGGUCUUUGAACAUGAACAUUCAAAACCAGAAGAUAGCCAAACAGCAUUUUUCGAUGACCAGUCAGAAACAGUAGAUGUCCAACCAUUAACUGGAGAUGACCCUUCAGAACCAGAAGAUAUCAGAACAGCAUCGUUGGAUGACAAGUCAGCAACAGAUGACCAAAUAGUCUCUGCGAAAGAACCUUCAGAACAAGAAGAUAUCCAAUCAGCAACUUUGGAUGACCAGUCUGAAACAGAGGAUGUCCAACCAGUCAGUGAGGAUGAACCAGAAGAUAUCCAAUCAGAAACUUUGGAUGACAAGUCUAAAGUGGAAGAUGUCCAACCAGUCAGUGAAGAUGAACAUUCGAACCCUGAAGGUAUACUGUCAGAAAUUGUCUUACUAUCAGAUGAUGAGAAUCACUCUGUGUCUUGUCCUGAAGUUGAUGAUGGAAGUAACCAGUCAAAUGAAAAUGAACUGGAAUCACAUGCCCAACAAAUAACUGAUGCAGGUGGAACCAUGAAUGUGCAGUCAGAAACUAAAGACAGUGAGGAAUGCGAGACAAUAGCUGUGCAGUCAGAAAGUCAAAAUAGUCAGAAAGGCAAUACAACAGGUGUGCAUUCAGAAGCCAAGGAUAGCCAGGAAGGUGAGACACCAGGCAUUCAGUCAGAAGCUGGGGAUGGCCAGGAUGGUAAGACACCAAGUGUUCAAUCAGAAGCGGCAGAUGGCCAGGAAAGUGAGACACCAGACGUGCAGUCAGAAGCCGGAGAUGGCCAGGAAGGUGAGACUCGAGGCGUGCAGUCAGAAGCUGGGGAUGGCCAGGAAGUCGAGACACCAGGCGUGCAGUCAGAAGCUAGGGAUGGCCAGGAAGGUGAGACACCAGGUAUGCAGUCAGAAGCUGGGGAUGACCAGAAAGGUGAGACACCAGGUGUGCAGUCAGAAGCUGGGGACAGCCAGGAAGGCGAGACACCAGGUGUGCAGUCAGAAGCUGGGGAUGGCCAGGAAGGCGAGACACCAGGCGUGCAGUCAGAAGCUGGGGAUGGCCAGGAAGGUGAGACACCAGGUAUGCAGUCAGAAGCUAGGGAUGGCCAGGAAGGUGAGACACCAGCUAUGCAGUCAGAAGCUGGGGAUGACCAGAAAGGUGAGACACCAGGUGUGCAGUCAGAAGCUGGGGAUGACCAGAAAGGUGAGACACCAGGUGUGCAGUCAGAAGCUGGGGAUAGCCAGGAAAGUGAGACACCAGGCGUGCAGUCAGAAGCUGGGGAUGGCCAGGAAGGCGAGACACCAGGUGUGCAGUCAGAAGCCAGGGAUGGCCAGGAAGGUGAGACACCAGGUAUGCAGUCAGAAGCUGGGGAUGACCAGAAAGGUGAGACACCAGGUGUGCAGUCAGAAGCCGGGGAUAGCCAGGAAAGUGAGACACCAGGCGUGCAGUCAGAAGCCGGGGAUGGCCAGGAAAGUGAGACUUCAUGCGUGCAGUCAGAAGCUGGGGAUGGCCAGGAAGGUCAGACACCAGGUGUGCAUUCAGAAGCUGGGGAUGGCCAGGAAAGAGCGACACCAGGCGUGCAGUCAGAAGCUGGGGAUGGCCAGGAAAGAGCGACACCAGGCGUGCAGUCAGAAGCUGGGGAUGGCCAGGAUGGUGAGACACCAGGUGUGCAGUCAGAAGCCGGGGAUAGCCAGGACCAAAGAUCAAGUAAAUCUGAAGAUGAUAUAGUUAAAGAUGCAGGGAGUACCAGUGACCCACCUGUGCAAGAUAACCAAGAUAAUGACAUUGAAUCAGGUACACAGCAAGUAUCUGAAAAUGUUAGUAGUUCUGAUGUGGUUACGAAAGAUGACACUCAAGAUUUUGCCCAAGAUGAACCCAUCUUAACCGAUCCUAAAGUUGACAUGGAAAUCCCAAUGGAAGUGGAUGAAGUUCCUGACAGUCCCAUGGAAGUUGAAACACAGGAUGGAAAGCAGUCCUGUAAUAACCAUGUGGAGAAAGUGAAAACUUCUAAAACUGGGAUGGAUUCCAAAGGUGCUGUACUUGAUGAUGAUUUGAUUGUAGUGGGAGAACGAGAUAAAACCAAACCAAUGGAAAUCAUAGAUUUGAUAGAAGACGAAAGUGAUGAGAAAAAUAAAGAAGAUGGUGGCCAGCUUAAUAUUAGUCACAGUCGAUCUAGGAAUAUAUCAGAUAUCAUUUCGAAAAUUGUACAACAGAAACAAAGUACAGAGGUGGAUAAGAAUAAAACGGUAAACAAGACAUCAUGUCCAAUUAAAAUAAAGGAAGAGGAUGAGAGUCAUGUGAAUCAUAGCAAACAGACUUCCACAAGUGCAUACACUGCAACAAGUAUGGUCGCAACUACAACAACAACAACAUCAACAACUGAAAAGCAAACAGAGUCUGCUGAAAAAAAUAAAGUUGAUGAAGAUGAUGUAGAAAUAACUCAAAUUAUACAUACAGGACGACGUCCACAACCAUCAUGCAGUCAGUGUAAACAAACAAAGACAUUAACUCAGACGUUAGAUUGGAACAGACAGAGAUACCGAUUUUGUUGUUUGUCAUGCAUGGAUUUAUUUGCAAGAAAAAAUGCUCUACGAGUUGAUAGGAGUUCUCAUAGCACACAACCAUCAACAAAAACGUGUGGCUACUGUAAAGGAGUCAUAGCUACCGUAAAUGCAGACAAGUUCACUAGGACCUUGUCAGAUAAGGAGUUGCAGUUUUGUUCUCAAGGCUGUUUAGAUGAAAUGCGUCAACGUAUAAAAGUGUGUGGACAUUGUUCCAAGGAUAUUGUGAGUAAUGACUCUGUUUUGGCUCAGGUUGGCACCAAGGGAGAAUUCAAAGAGUUCUGUAACCAGGAUUGUGUUUCACAGUUUGAAGCCAAAAGAAAGAAAAGUAAAGAAAUCAUGAAAUGCUCAGUUUGUGAAAAGCCAGGACAGGUGAAGCAUGAAGUAAACUUCCAAGAUGAAGUUCACAAGUUGUGCAGUGAUGCUUGUUUUGCUGCUUUUAGAUAUGCACAUAACUUAAGUAUGAGUUGUUGUGAUCAGUGUGGUGUCAAUUGCUACAAUGAUAAGUUUACACCACAGUUUAUGCAGUUUGAAGGAAAACCAAAACGUUUCUGCACUGUUAAGUGCAUGGAUCGAUUCAAACAGUUUCAUAAGAAGUUAGUCAAUUGCCAUUGGUGUAAAAUGAAAAAGAACAACUUUGAAAUGGUAGAACGUGUUGAUUCUCACAAUGAGCUUCAGCUCUUCUGUUCACUUCGGUGCCUGCAGUCAUUUCGUGACAAAGUUGGUAAUAAUCAGGGUGUGCAGCAACCGUCGACCCGCCAAGCAACAUCGCAGCAACCUAGUAAAGUGAUUCCCAGUGUAUCUCAGGCUACAACUAUGUGUGAUCACUGUAAAAAGGUGUCUGCACCAUUAUUCCAUCUUACAAUGAGUGAUGGUAGUCUAAGAAAUUUCUGUUGUUAUAACUGUGUGAUAGCAUUUCAGGCACAUUUUGCCACACCCACCGUAACACUACCACAUCAGACAUUGCAACUACAGUGUUCUCUGUGUCACAUGAAUUUCUCCAGUAAACCAGUCACUUUGGAAUACAAAGGAAAUUGUAAUCAAUUUUGUAGUCGAGUGUGUAUGGAAGAAUUCAAAAGAAUUAAUGGUGUAACUGCUGUAUGUGAUGCCUGUCAUAUGGAAAAGAUUUUGUUUGAAACUUGCAAGUUCUCAGGUCAAGAUAGAUCAUUUUGUAGUGAAGGCUGCAAACUGUUGUUCAAGCAAGCGUUUACUAAGGGACUUGGACUGAAGUGUAUAAUCUGUGAUUAUUGUUCUCAAAUGGGUAAAGCUUUGUGUGAUAAAACCUUGGAUGGCAAAAGAAAACAGUUCUGCAGUUUAUCUUGCCGAGAUAAAUAUGAAUUGUGGUAUAAUCAAGCAGCUAGGUGUGAUGGCUGUAAACAACGUGGACGGAAAUUGGAAGAGUCUUUCAUAUGGCGUGGUGAAAUGAAACAUGUUUGUAACCAGCAGUGUUUGUUGUUAUUUUAUACUCAACAAAAUGUACCUAACAUGACAACUCAGAUGCAGCCUAAACUAUCCAAUGCUAACCCAGUCACUGCUAUGACUAACAGUUCCACACCAGUAAUUGCCUCAGUAAUGUCUCUGGCACCAGGUCAACAAAGCCAGGUAAACUUCCCCUCAUCAGCAAAUGAGGCUGCAGGUAAACGUAAGAGAGAGACUGAUUUGCCAGUUUUAGAACAAGGAGAGAAUACAGAUAAUCCGUUAAGAUGUCCUGUCAAAUUGUAUGAGUUUUACCUUUCAAAAUGUCCUGAGAGUGUGAAAAAUAGAAAUGAUGUUUUCUAUCUGAUACCAGAGAGAUCAUGUGUACCUGACAGUCCAGUGUGGUAUUCAUGUAACUCUGCUAAAGAGGGGUUGAUGCAGAAGAUGUUAUGUCGAUGUUUAAUAGUUAAGGAUGUACAUGAACAAUGGGAAACGUACAGUAUGGAUGACUAGACAUGCUAGUGUAAUCCCUGGAUAGACAUAUUAAUGAGGGAAUAUACCUGGUGUACUGUUUCUAGUAAUUGAGUGGAUUUACUACUAUAACCUUUGGUUGGGGUUUCUUGUUGCCAGUACUUUUCAAUGCUCUCUCUUUAAAUUUUUAUGAACCUGAAAAUCAUGUCAUAAUCUACACAUUAAGGUCAACCAACCUCACUAUUUGUUAAAAUGUUACUGUUUUUAUGCCUCCCCCCCAAUCUUUGUUCAUUUUCACACAAGUUCUUAUAAGUACAAGUGUUUUUCAUAGUUCAAUGUAAAGAUAAUGUCUGUUUGGUUGCUGUAAUUGCAGCAUGUAAAGACAGUUUGCUCCCUGUAAUAUUGUUGUUUUUAAGGGAAGCACAAAGGCUGUCUAUUAUAGUAGUAGUAGUAGUAGCUUACACAUGUAUUAUUGACAUUUUAUAAUGAAUUAAAGUGAAGAAAUUCACUACAUUGCUUCAUAAUCUAUACUUAAUCUGUUUGUUUUUUCAGUUUAGACUAUUUUGAGUUAAUUUGAUUUAGAAUGUUCCAUCUCAGUGAUAUGUGCGUUGUGGCGAUAGUGACAGCUAUCAAAAUAUGGAGGAGUUUUGUGUCUGUUAUUAAAGUUUGGAAUUCCGAAAAAGGGCUUGUUACUUAAGACAAAGUAUUGGGACUGUCAGUGAAGUUUGGAGUAGAACUUGUACUUGUAUGUAUAUUCAAACAAAAAUGAGCCAUGACAGUAUUCAUGUGUAGACUGUAUAAUAACAUAAUAUACUGCCGAAUUUAUGGAAACUAUUUUCUCAGCAUUAUUGUAUAUUAAAAAUAUUUCUGUAGCCUUGAUGCCAUCAUAAUUGCAAGAGUGCCCUCUAUGGUGAAUAAAGUAUGCCAGGAAAUGUGAUAAGAGGCAAACUUCCCACAUGGAGCAUCUUUUGAAAAUGUUCAGAUAUUGAACUGCAGUAAAAACUGCAGAUAUUCAUGUUUAGGUACUAGUCUGUUACAAAAUUACUUUGUUUUUAAGUUUAUUUUUAAUAUAGUCAAACAUCUUAGUGCUAUUGCUUUGUUGGUAUCACGUUUACAUCAAUGACUAGAUUUCACUUUAACAGUGUUUUGCUCUGUUAGUGUUCAUACUGUGGGGGUUAGUAUUUUACUAAAUGGCACAUACUGGGGCUUCCUUAUAAUUUUUACUUUC